AUGGCCUACCAUGCCGCUAUACACCCUCUGCUACCUCAUUCACCACCUGUUCAGCAACAGCAGUCGAGCCUUGCUGCACACCUCAUUCAUCAUGACCCUUCCUCUCUCUCUUGCCCAGAGGGCAUGAACGGUGCCUGCAGCAUCACUCACCUAAUUGGUGCCAGCCCUGGAUUAUACAUGUUGACCAGGGAAAGCUGGCCCUUUCAACUGGUACACACUCUGAAGGCAAGUAUUUCCUUAGAAUAUCUUGUUUGGAGAAAUUUUAACCACCUCACCAGGGAUCUUCCAACCAGCUCAGUAUUCCUUUGCUUAGAGACGUCCACAAAGAACUCUGACCAGCUCAGUAUUCCUUUCCAUGGAGACGUCUGCAAAGAAACCGACCGGCUUAGUAUUCCUUUCCCUGGAGAUGUAAAUGUUGGUUUCCCAAGUACAGAGGGACAAACAUUGUCAGCAUUCGCCCUUGAAGGGCUCAAGGGACAUGUGCAGGACAAAAGCAGCCUUUCAAUGAUGAUGGCCGGUGUUGAUGCCAGUGCUUGGCUUUAUGCCAUCUGCAAGCUGCAGGCCUUUCAACUUGGACAUGCCCAGUCAGGCAAAAACCCGGAACUACAGACACUCAUGUACAAACUUGUCACCCUAGCUAAUGCGCCUGUUUAUGCCCACUUCAUUUUUGAUGGGGAGGACCAUCGCGCAGCAAGCAGAUUUACAUGGUCCAUGGCCAAAGGUGAGGCCGACGCUAACUUAGCAUUUUUGUCGAAGGUAGGGAAGAUCAGUGCAGUAUUGAUGGAAGACAGCGAUGCUCUAUUAUUUGGUGCCAAAAAAGUCUUAUGCAUUGUGGAUAAUGAAGAUGGUACAUUCCUUGUAGACACCUACUGUGCUGAAGCCCUAUCAAAUGACCCGAAAAUUCCCUUGACAACUUUCCAUCUCCUCCUUUGGGCCAUGCUCCGUAGAGGUGACUACAACCCAGUACAUGGUGUUCAUGUAUGCCAGUUCAUCUUUGCUUCCACAGUUUGA